ACAUUAUGAUGCGACAAGAGCUUUGAUUUGUAUAAUUAUAUCAACAUCAGUACCUUCACAACUCAAAUUAAAAUUUGCUUUCUCAUUCAUACCAUUGAACAAUAACUUCUUAUUUCUUAACACACAUACUCUUUCUUUGCUGAAACACUAAUCAAUUAAUCAAUUUAAACCUCAGAUGCUAAUCCAUGUGAUUAAGAAAUAAGAAGUGAUGAAAAACUUGAAAACCGGUUCAUGAAAAAACCGGUUCACGUCGAACUAUACACACCAAUGAUCUAUUCUUAAACCAUAAUCAACGGCCACAAAUGCUCCCUAAUGGUUGUGUUAAACCCAGUUCAAAGAAUCGUAGAAGAAAAAUUCAUCACUCUAUUACGUUCAUGUAAAAACUACGAACGACUGCACCAGAUUCAAGCCCAAAUAGUAACACAUGGACUUGAACACAACGAUUUCGUUGCACCAAAUUUCAUCACAACGUGUUCACGUUUCAAACGAAUACACCAUGCACGUAAACUGUUUGAUAAAAUUCCCCAACCAAAUACUGCCACGUGGAAUGCAAUGUUUAGAGGGUAUCUGCAAAAUGGGCAUCACCGCGACACGGUUGUUUUGUUCGGGGAACUUAACCGCAUCGCGGGGAUGCCAAAUUGUUUUACUUUUCCGAUGAUAAUUAAGUCGUGUGGGAAGUUGGAAGGUGUGAGGGAAGGUGAAGAGGUGCAUUGUUGUGCAACGAAACAUGGGUUUAAGUCGAAUUCGUUUGUGGCGACUUCGUUGAUUGAUAUGUAUUCUAAGAAGGGGUGUGUUGAAGAUGCUUAUAAAGUGUUUGGUGAAAUGCAUGAGAGGAAUGUGGUUGUUUGGACAGCUAUUAUAAACGGUUAUAUUUUGUGUGGCGAUGUGGUUUCUGGGAGAAGGCUUUUUGAUUUAGCGCCCGAGCGUGAUGUUGUAAUGUGGAGUGUUUUAAUUUCGGGUUAUAUUGAAUCAAAGAAUAUGGCUGCUGCGAGGGAGUUGUUUGAUAAGAUGCCAAAUCGUGAUACCAUGUCGUGGAAUGCUAUGUUGAAUGGUUAUGCUGUUAAUGGGGAAGUUGAAAUGUUUGAGAAGGUGUUUGAUGAAAUGCCUGAAAGGAAUGUGUUUUCUUGGAAUGGACUAAUUGGUGGUUAUGUUAAGAAUGGUCUUUUUUCUGAGACGUUGGAGUCGUUUAAACGGAUGCUGGUUGAGGGUCAUGUGAUUCCUAAUGAUUUCACGCUUGUUGCGGUGUUGUCUGCUUGUUCAAGAUUGGGAGCACUUGAUAUGGGGAAGUGGGUGCAUGUGUAUGCAGAGAGUAUUGGGUAUAAAGGAAACUUGUUCGUUGGGAAUGUGUUGAUUGAUAUGUAUGCAAAAUGUGGUGUUAUUGAAAAUGCGGUUGUCGUGUUUAAUUGUUUGGAUAGAAAGGAUAUAAUUAGUUGGAACACUAUUAUUAAUGGAUUAGCUAUACAUGGACAUGCACCUGAUGCGUUGGGUAUGUUUGAUAGGAUGAAGAGUGAAGGUGAAGAACCUGAUGGGGUUACUUUUGUUGGGAUAUUAUCUGCCUGUACUCAUAUGGGUUUGGUUAAAGAUGGUUUUUUGUAUUUCAAAUCAAUGGUUGAUCAUUAUUCAAUAGUGCCUCAAAUCGAGCAUUAUGGGUGUAUGGUUGAUUUGUUGGGAAGAGCUGGUCUUUUAGAUCAAGCUUUGAAUUUUAUAAGAAAGAUGCCAAUAGAACCUGAUGCGGUUAUUUGGGCUGCAUUACUUGGGGCAUGUAGGUUAUACAAGAACGUUGAGAUAGCUGAAUUGGCUCUACAGAGACUUAUUGAACUCGAACCAAACAACCCUGCAAAUUUCGUGAUGGUUUCGAACAUAUAUAAGGAUCUGGGAAGAUCGGAAGAUGUUGCCAGAUUGAAGAUUGCAAUGAGAGAUACUGGGUUUAGGAAAUUGCCAGGAUGUAGUGUUAUUGAGUGUAAUGAUAGUGUGGUGGAAUUUUAUUCCUUGGAUGAGAGACAUUCAGAGACAGAAAGUAUAUAUAGGGUAUUGAAGGGAUUGACAAUGUUGUUGAGAUCACAUGGAUAUGUUCCAAAUCUCUCGGAUGUUGCUCAUGGAUUAGGAGUGAGUGAAUAAUCCAUUUUUUAUGAAAUGGCUCACUAUCCAAAAGGUCCAUAAGUUAUUACUCAGGCGAUAAUCAGAGUUCUUUAAAUUAUGCUGGGACUGUUUUGAAAAUCAAUUUUGCGUCCUUUGAAUUUGUGAAAGUUAUGCGUGCAAAAUCGCUCCGAAAAUCCAUAUUUGUUGCAAAAAUAAGUUCUGGUAUAUAUGUGAAAUGUAACAAAUGUUCUGUUUUUAAAUCUUGCCUUGAAUUAUGUACUAGUCAAAAAAUGGUUUAACAAUUUAUACUUCCUCGUUCCAUGUGCUGUCUAUGCGUUCCUUCGUGGUAUAAUUCUGGCAUAAGGUGGGGUUAUGGGACCCUACUAUUCAUUCGGCCUUGCUGCUUCAGUAUAACUCAGUUAGGGAGGUCAUUUUUCCUGUCCUUGCCAUCCUUCCAGAUGACCAUUCCAGGUAGUUUGAAAUGCUUAUAUGGAGUAUUUGUGCCACUCACAAUAACAUGGUGUGGAAGGGUGUGAAGGACUCUGUUGGAAGAGGUAGUGUCUCGUGCACAAGGAGUUUGGAAAGCAUGGAAUAGAGCACUUUUGAACACAGCAAGGCUGGUUCACCUCAGGUAGUGGCCCGGGGAUGUUAAGUGGAUGAAACCAGCGUUGGGGAAUUUGAAUUGUAAAUUGACACGGGUUUUCAUGAGAACCUUGGCAUUUCCAGCUAUGUUGCAGUUCUUAGGGAUGAUACAGGUGCUGUUUUCACUGUGUUUUGUGGUUGGUACCGUCCUUUGAUAAUGGUUCAAGAGGGAGAAGCUUUGAAAUUAAUGUAUGCACUCAAGUGGGCUCAGGAUCAUAAUUUGCAAAAUGUGGAGUUUGAGAUUGAUUUCAAAAUCUUAACAGAUGCUGUCAUUUAAGGGGUCAUGAUGAUAACUCCACAUUGGACGGUGCACACUGCACAAGAGGUUGACCAAUUGCUGCAAGCUUCUCUUUUCUUCCUUUCCUUCUAUACAAGAGAAACAAUCAUCACCAACAUAAAUCCAAACCUAAGUGUCUUCUCCCUCACACUGUUUUCCCCUUCUUUAUCGUCCUUUCCCUCACCUCCUUCUCCUUGCCACCAUCCGAUCUUCUUCUCUUUGUUCUCUGAUUUUUCAAAUUCUGUCUGUUCAAAUUGUGAAACCUUCCCAAACCUUCUAAUUGGCUUUCGGUGGGAAGAGGAACCGCAGAAAAAACCAGAAAGGAGACGAAGACCAGAAUGAAGGAACCGCUCCGUCCUCCGAUGAGUAAGAACAAAGAAAAACGAUCUGAAAUUCAUGCUAAACUCGUCAGAAGAAGUUUUAGAAACAUGCUAAGUCGAAAGCUCACGAUGCUACUAUUGAAAGAGCUAUCGAGCUCGGUGAAGAGCUUCCAGAGAAGAAGGUGCCGAAGACCUUGAAAAUACAAGGGAAGUUGAUGAAACUACCUGCAAGCCUGAUGAUGAAGAGGUUGAGUUUUUUGAAUUUUGAGUGUUUUGAACUAAUUUGAAUAUGAAUAGAUUAGAUUUCAAUGAUGUGAGUGUAGAAUAUAUAUUUUGGUUAUUGGUAUAGUCAUUUGUUAUAAUGUGAGGUUUGAAUUAGGAUUUUGAAGAGAAAAAUCAACUAUGAUAUGCUGCUAAUUCCAGAGCAUGAUGAUUAACGAUCCACUAACCUUCUUUCACCAUUAAAGAUUUCAGAUUCUCACCCUAAGCCUUCUGAUUCACCAUUGAGUCUUAAAGGUUCAAUUACAGAAACCAUCCGAUUCAAAAACACUAAUCCGUUUCGAAAAAGUUUGAUUUCAUCUUGAACCGCAUCUCAUCGUUUUCAUCUCCGAGCCUUUUGGUUUUGCUCUUCUGUCCUCCAAGAUCAAAUGGAAUCAUUACUUGAAUAGCUGCCGGAAGCUGUCGACAAAAAGCUAUAAAAGACAAUCAAGGGUAAUGCUGGUCUAGAGAUUGACAGAGCUGUUAUAAGGGACUUAAUUAAUUUGAGAACGUUUCACAUGGAGUAUGACAUGUGCUCUGAGUGGUUAUACCAUUAAUCUUUUUUUCCCUUCAAUAUGUGACAAUGUUUGUUAUAUGAGUCAUGUUUGUGUUUUCGAAUACAUCAUGGAUAAUGUUUGGUUUAAGCUUUUAAACACGUAAUAUAAACCCACUUUUAUGUGAACACACUUUUAAUGCAAACACAUCUUUGAUCCUCAAGAAAUUAUAGCAUUGCUUUCAUGUUUUGUUGGAGACUUGGUUGGUUGUUAUAAUGGAGGCUCCAUUUGAUGUAUAAGAUACUGAGUUGAUACAAACAAGAAUGAGUUUGAGGUGGCUGUCAAAAAGAGGAACGAGAAAGUCUAUUUUACUGACGGUUGGACAUUUUUAAAGAAUUUUAAUGGGCUUUUGGCUGGUACUUGGAUCACUGUCAUUUUUGAAAAUCGACACCUUUUUCUGUUUGAAGUUAGGAAUAUACAUGGAGAUGAGUUGGUGUAUCCUCAAAGCACUCCUCCACAAAGAAUGUUGUUGCAGAACCAUAGUGCUCAUGCGUACGUAAAUUCCUUCAUACCAUAUGGUUCUUCUGCCCUUUUACUUCCCACUACCUUUUAUAACACAAUUGAUUAGGAGUUAACCUCUUCUGACGUUACUUUUGGAAUGUUGAAUUUGAAUUGGCUUGGCUUUUGUCAAUCUGCAUUUCGGGCUGGGAAAACUGAAUCAACUGUCAUUGAUUGCCUGGGCUAUACUUGGAAGUUGUUUACGGAUUUUUGUCAUGAACAGUUGUCAUGUGUUUUUUCUGGUGAAUGGCAAGCAUUGUGCAGCGCGCGUAAGUUGAUUGAAGGAGCAAAGAUCAAAUUAGGUGUCACGGGAGCAGCUAACAAUAGGGUUGUCUAUCUUUGUGCGCCUCCAAUGUUGGUGCUGAGAACAAAAAUGCCUCCAUCUGCAAGCAUUGGAGAAAAUGGUCCAUCUUAUCAAUUUAAGCAGUAUUUCUGGAAGAAUUAGUAAUAUUAAUUAUGCGGCUUCAUAUUUUUGUUUUCAAAGCAUUAUAGAGUGGUUCUAUUCUGAGUUGAGAAAUGUACUCUUUUGGUUGUGUGUACUUUUUACCACUUUAGUGAUUUGAUGAUAAAGUAAUCAACAAAUUGUGAGAUGUACUCUUAUUAUUUGCCUUGUGUACUUUCUGCUA